UGUGAAGAUUAUUGUAAAGUGGGAGUAGCCUCCCUUAGUUCAUGUGACAGCUUAAAAAUAAUGUAAAAUGUAUAACCUUUUUAAACUUGUUAGACUGUUAUCUGUGAAAAAUGAUGUAAAUCCAGUGUCUAUAGAUUGUUACACAUGGAGGCAAAAUGGUGAAGCAAGUUUCUUAGCCGUCAGUUGCUCAAAUGGGUUUCUGUUGUUAAAGUACAGCUGUACUGGUUGCCAGCCUGUUGUGAAGCAGUUGCCAUGGCCACCAGAUCAUCCAAUUACAUCUCUGUGUUUUGAUCCAACAAUCUCAUGGCUGUUAGUACUCACAGACAAUGGAAACAUAUUUAUUUUACCUGCUUUAUCCAUGCUGGAUCCAUCAAGUCAAGUGAACCAGUUAUGGAGAGUUGAUGAUGUGACAGUUGUUACUUGUUUGAAGCCUCGAGGAAUUCCCAUGGUGGUAACAUGGUGGUAUACCUUAGAUGGUCAGCAUAUAGCCAUAGUAGCAACAAAGUUAGGCGAGAUCAAAUUUGUUGAUAUGUUAGAGCAAAGUGUUAUGUCGGACAGGUGUGUUGAUGAACAUAUCAAAACUCUGGAGCUAGUCAAAGAUGAUACACAAACAAAAACACAUCUGCUGAUAACAGGCUACAGUGGCAAACAGUGGAAGAUGUUACUAGAGAAGAGGGGAGCUAAACUCGCUAACCAAGAUUCCGAGUUAUCUGAGCUUGGAUAUGAUCAUAUUGAUGGAUUAAGCUUACCUAUAGUCAGUGUACUCAAUAGGCUUGGUGAGGAAGAAGAUGAUAUAUUUUCCCCGUUAGUUUUAUCGCAGUUUGCGAGAUCAGUGAAUGUAUCCCCUCAGUAUGCAAAAGGACGACAUUUUGUUACAGCUUAUUGUACAAAGAAUUCAACAUAUCAGGUAUUUGACAGCAACUUGGAACACAAUCCAUUGUUUGUGUAUAGACUUCCUGUUGGUUCCCUGCACACAGUACUUACUGACAGGAUCAUGUUCAUGGCUACAAAACUUGCUGGGGACCAGAAACUUAUUGUAUUAUCCAACCAGAAAGCAGAAAUUUCAGAAGAUUCAGACCAGGAAUUUAACAGAGAAGCAACUCUGCAACAGUUUGAUCUUCCCUCAGAUGAGAAACUGCUAUCAGUCAUGCAGAAGACUUUUCCAUUCUACUGGCAUGAGAAGCUUGAAGAAGACCAAAUAAAGCUUCUUCAUGACCAAGAUGUACAAAAGUUGACUGGUUCUAAUUCUUCCAAAAGAUUGUCAGCUAUAGAAAUUCCCUUGAGUUUACACACAGUAUUAGACGGAUGCAUCAUUAUUACAGACUGUACAGUCUAUGAAUGUAAACCAAGGGCAUCCCCAGAGAGGUUAUUUUUAGAACUUUGUGUGAAUCAGACUGAUUCUAAACUUAUAGAGCAAUUAGGUAUCAGUCUAGGUUUAGACUUAAAUUACCUUUUUGAAGCUGCUGCAGAUUUUCUACUUUGCCAUGGCAACAGCAAACAAGCAACUCGACUUUUUCAUAUGUCAAAAGGUAAUCCUAUAAAUAGAAUAUCAAGUUUUGCCAAAUAUGGCUAUAUUCUUGAUAUAAUGCCUUUUCUGCAGCAGUUGUUACAGAAGGAAAGUAAAGAAUGGAGAGAAGAAGACAGAAAGAAGUUGAUAGAGCUGGGUCUUCAUGGACUAGUACUCAAACUCUCUCAGGAUCCUGCCAAUGAAGAGAUCAUAGAAAUAUUUAGACAAUUUGUUCUAGAAUUUUCCGAAUAUGAAGACAUUCAGAGGACUAGUCUAAGAUUGCUGACAGAGGCAGGGCUUCAGUCAGUUUUGCUUGACUUUGCUAUGACAAGAGGUUUAGUUCUGGAGGCUUUAGAAGAAAUGGCAAGACAAAAUCAGUACCAAUUAUCAGAGACUUCACUGGAGUUGUUGAUCAGUAGAGGAUAUGGAGGGCAUCUUGCACAGGUUUCUUCAGGAGCAUUUCUACAUCUUUUGGAUCAGAAACAGCUUGUGACAAUCUUCUGUGAACGUCCUCAGCUUGUUGCACAACAUCCUGAUCUGUUGCUAGGCAACCUGGAUACCCUUGACCUUUGUGAACUGUUACAGUUAGUUGAGGUGCUUGACCCUUCUAAGCCUAUUAUUAGGGGUUUUGUGCAGAGGAAACUGAACUCAAGGAGAAGAACUAGCUCAUUGACAUCAUUAACAGGGUCAGGAGAAUUUGGAGAUAGUGUAACAAGUGUAAGAAUGGAUGUGAAGAGUUUAGAUGCUAUGAGAAUGGUCCACUGUUUCAUCAUGGUAGUACUUCAUUUGAACAAGAGGAGACUUCUAGAUGGUAAACCAGUCAACACUGACUUCCUGUUUGAGGACAUGGAAGAUACUCUAAAAAAUAUUCUACAAAGUUCCCAGUCAAACAGAAGGAAAAUAAAUCCUCGGCCUAAUCCUGUAGGCUGUGGACAGACCCAUGCUGCAGUGGCACUAAAGAACGGUGAUCUCUAUACUUGGGGGAAGUCCAACAAUGGCAGAUUGGGACAUGGGGAACAGAAAGGUAGCCCUGUAUCAUGUGGACCAUGUAGAAUAGGAAACUUUCAAACACUACAGAUUAAAGUGACCUCUGUAGCAUGUGGCAUGCAGCAUACAAUAGCACUUACCAAUCAAGGGCUCUAUGGAUGGGGUUCAUCUAAGUAUGGUCAGGUUGGUCUAGGAACAAAGCACAUGUACACUCGUCCUAUGCCUUUAGAGGAGAUGUCAAAGGUCACAUGUGUCGCCGUUGACUGCGGACAAUACCACUCUGUAGCUCUAACAGAAGAUGCUCAGCUGUACAGUUGGGGUUGGGGUGUACAUGGUCAACUAGGUCAUGGAGACACAGAGGAAUUAAUGGUUCCAAAACUUGUGGAUAGUUUCAGUAACCAGUCUAUUGUCAGGGUUGCUGCUGGAUAUUGUCAUACAUUAGCUCUUACUGCACAAGGAGAACUUUAUGCAUUUGGCUGUGGUUUCUUUGGCCAGCUUGGAUUGGGGACUAGUAUUAAACAUACACUACCUGUCAAAAUCACCAGCAUUCCUGAUAAAGUCAUCACUAUGGCAACCAAGUUUUUUCACUCUAUAGCAGUUGACAAUCAUAAUCAUGUAUAUCAGUGGGGAAGUCAUCCACAUGGACUGAGACAUUUUGUUCACAAUCAGCGAAGAGCCAGGCAAGCAGGUCAGAGUAUUUUUGAAGCAGCAGACAGUCAUCUUAGACCUCAAAUAAUUGAUACCUCUUAUGUACAUGGCAGAAUCAAACAGGUUGUAUGUGGUAGUUUCCACACAUGUAUUAUAACUAGGGAUGGUGACGUUUAUACCUGGGGUAGGAACACUGAUGGUCAACUUGGCAACGGAACAAGACAAGAUGGGAGAAUACCUCAAAUGGUAACAACCAUCAAUGAUCGUACUAUUAUACACCUGACAUCAGGGGGAGAAUAUAAUGUUGCCAUGGAUACAGACAGUCAGAUUUGGGUAUGGGGUAGAAAUGAAUUCUGUCAGUUAGGUUUACAAGCUUCAGACCCCAGACAAUCAAAUAAAGUUAUAAAGACAGCAGGGUCUAAGAACUUGAGCCAAAGUCUUUCAGAAGUGCUGGCACCAACGCUUUUAAAACUCCAGCCUGGUACCCUGCAUUCAUCAUGGCAAUAUAGACCACUCACAGAACAGUUCAGCAUCUCAGAAUCAAUGGAGAAUCUUAUGCUUGAAGAAGAGAAUGGUAAAGAGACUAUGAUGAAUAUUCCAAGUCUAGCAGAAAUAGGCACCAUACCUUAUAACAGGAUAAUCAUUCCAGUUAUUCUACAGUGUAUGCCAGAUUUAUGUGAUUGUAAUCAGUUGCUAAGAAACGCUGUUGAUAUGAGAGAUUGGUGUGUGGCAGCCAGUAUCUGUCUCUACCUGAAGAAUUAUACACAGGCAAUGGCAUAUCAUCUAAUGGUGUUAAGAGAUAAUUAUGAAGAAACAGAGAAAGAUGAUUUUACUGUGAAAAGUAUAAAAGUUAUAGAGUACUAUUACAGUUUGGUGAACACAAGUCAGGUCUGUCAUGAGGAAGAAUACAAAAACUUUUUACAUCAGGUAUUCUACCAUUGGGAAGUGUGUAAAUGUGGAGUCUCUCAUCUAGAGAAUUUCUUCAAUUCAAACAUUGAUGAUCUAGCUCUUGUACUAGCAACUAUACUAUUUAGAAAACCACACAUUACAUCAGAUGAGAAGAUAGAUACAGAGAAACCUUCCCUGAAUGAGCCAACACCUGCUUUCCUGUCACAGUUUACUACAAAGUUCUCCUUAAACCUCUCAUCAUCAAUACUGAACAAACUACAGACAGAUGUUUGGAAUGAAUCAAGCACAGCCAAAACACUACAACAGUUUGGUGAUCCAGAACUAAAUUCUGUACCAGUGACCAUGUUAGAGGGAGAUAAACUUCCAUAUGACCAAUUGUGGCAGGACAUUAUGCAAAAUUUAUUGAAAAGUCAAGACAGCAGGAAGUACAUCUAUGUCACUCACAGUGAGCUUGAUCGACUACAAGAGCAGCUGGGAGAUCCUGAUCAAAAUAAGGGGCAAGUCACUCCAGCUGUAUUUUUCACAUGUGGACAUUACUACACCAAAGUAGCAUUCAUGGGGGAGCUGGAAAGAAUGAAUAAAGAUUUCAGUAUUGGAAAUAUAAAAAUAUCAGAAACAUUAUCUGUGAUACGUGAAUAUUACAAUAGGAAAGGAUGCAUUCCUCUAGCAUGCCCAAGGUGUGUGGCGAGUGCUGUUAUGUCAGUGUGAUGCAUUGUAACAUUUCUGUCAUAGUUUUACUUACCGGCAGUUUUAUAUUUAUUCAAGACAAGUGCAAUGUUUGUGUGCAAUAAACAGUUUGUUUGUUAUGCCA